AUGUCUAUCAAUACAGCCCACACGCAGGAUGGCCUGGGAAUAGUGUUGUUUUUUGGAGAAAGACUUCUUGUGACUUAUGAUGGAUGCAAGCUUAUUCUCACCGGCAAGGGACAGCAGCCUCAUGGAAAAUAUUCAGGCAAUGCGUUCCUGACGUCCCACAGGGUUAUUUUUUUGUCAAAAGAUAGGAAUCCUCUAUUGACGUCUCUAAGUAUGCCAUUCAUUUAUAUGAAGCGAGUGGCGAUUACGCAGCCAACAUUUGGUCCUAAUCAUAUCGAAGGCUAUGUAAAUCCCGAGUCGGGACAGUGGCAAGGCGAGCUACCAUUCAAGUUGAUCUUUAGUCAUGGAGGCGCAAUCGAAUUCGGAAAGUGUCUAUUAGAACUAGGGUCUCGGGCAAGCAAGUUGCAGAGUUCUUACAAAGUCCCUUCGGCACCACCUGCCUGCGAUAUAUAUGCCUGCCCACCUCCGGCCUACUCACCAUUCGUCAACGAUGCCUACUACAAUAGUUUCAUGCAACCACACCCUUCUUUUGCACCACCACCAGCUGAUUAUUUAUACCAAACGAACGCUCCGCCCCCUUACCCCGGUGCUGUACCGCCGCCCUACACAUCGGCGUCAGGCCCCCCACCUGCUUAUGGGGGCACGGCGCCUCCACCGUACGCAGCAGCUGCAGACAACAAUUGUCCUUAUCCUCCUCAAUAUUCACAAAACGUCAACACAGGUUACUACUUCCAACAAGACCCGCACACCGUCUACGCCCCUCCAUACAACCAGGCGUCGGCACCUCCUGCAGAACCUGAGGACAAAAAGAACAUCUAA